GUCCACAAGUCUUAAAGCUGUCAAGUUAGAAGACCCUUGCGACCCCUAACCAUUUAUAAUCAGGUGCUUAUCUGUUAGGCGGCUCAGGCAUUGGCCCGGAAGCAGGUGGCAGGCUCCCUGGGCAAUGGCAGAGAGGCUCGGGCGGCUUUCGCUUCGCCUGGGAGCAGAUGAGGCUGGCUCCCCGGGCAGUGUUGGGGCAGCUCAGGCGGCUGUAGCUUCGGCCUGGGAGCAAGUGGCAGGCUCCCUGGGCAGCGGCGGGGAUUGGUGGUUGGAUCAGCCUCCCAGAACACCGCCAAUCAGCUGCCUGUUGCCAUCCAUUUUCGCCAUUGCCGCUAUUGCUGCUGUUGCCGCCACCACACCAACUUCUCCCCCCGGUAUGGCUGAUGUAACAUUCGGAGUAGAAGACGCACCCAAAUUUUCACCCUCUUUUUGGGGGGCAAAAGGUGCUCUGAAAAAUAGGGUAAAUAACAAAUAUUGGAAAUUGGAAAUCAUUCUAUAAUCUAUUGUAAUCAACGGUUCUAAAUACACUUUAUGUCUUCCUUGAAUGAGAUUGCCCAUGACACCUCACUUUUAUUUUUUAUUUUUUUCCAAACCUCAUUGAUAAAUUGCAUUCUCUCCUAGAAAGGCUUGGAAGGAAUUAAAAAACAACAAUCUAAUCCAUUUUUCCUGGGUAUGGUAUAGUUUUAUCCACUACACAUCGUGUGUUACAGUACAAUAAUCAAGCUUACUAAAAAUGAAAUAAACCCUCAAAAUUACUGCCAGCAUUAAGGUUGACGUGGAAUCCUUUAUAAUGCCAUUUUUAUGAAGCAAAUAAUACUAUACUGAUUACAUUAUUUCCACAAUGUUUAUAGUUAUAGUUCAUUUGAUUUGGCUGUGGAUGCAUGUCAGCUUUUGAUCAGUCUAGCAAUAAUUGCUGAAAGAGGAGGAGUUGAAGCUGGCAAAUAAAGAAGUGUGCUCUGCAAAUCGCAAAUGUAGUAGCAGUGCUUGGACAGUGCAAACUGAAUUGCAAUGACCCACCCUCAGACUCACUUGAUUUUGGAGAACUAUAUCGGUGGCCAGUUUGUGCCAUAUUCCUCAUAUCUAGAUUCUUACGACCCAUCUAUUGGUGAAGUAUAUUGCAAAGUACCCGAUAGCGGCAGGGAAGAGGUGGAAGCUGCUGUCAAAGCUGCCCAAAAUGCUUUCCCAGGAUGGUCUGCCAAAAGUCCACAGGAAAGGUCAAAAAUAAUGAGCAAGUUAGCAGACCUUAUUGAAGAAAAUCUGGAGUCAUUUGCGCAAGCAGAAUCAAAAGAUCAAGGAAAAACCAUUUCUUUUGCCAGAACAGUGGACAUACCCCGAGCAGUAUAUAAUUUUCGCUUUUUUUCAUCAUCUAUCCUUCAUAAGACAACAGAAUGUACACAGAUGGAUCACAUGGGCUGCAUGCACUAUACUGAAAGGUCACCAGUGGGAAUUGCUGGAUUAAUUAGUCCUUGGAAUUUGCCACUUUACUUACUGACAUGGAAAAUUGCCCCUGCUGUCAUGUGUGGAAAUACUGUAAUUGCCAAACCAAGUGAAAUGACAUCUGUCACAGCCUGGAUGAUGUGCAAACUUCUGAAUAAAGCAGGUUUUCCUCCGGGUGUGAUAAAUGUCGUGUUCGGAAGUGGGCCCAAAGCUGGAGAUGCUCUUGUUUCCCAUCCGGCGGUAUCUCUGAUUUCCUUCACUGGGAGCACACUCACUGGCCAACAAAUCAUCCAAAGGUCUGCUUUGUACUGUAAGAAACUUUCCUUGGAGCUAGGAGGCAAAAACCCAGCUAUCAUUUUUGAGGAUGCCAACUUGGAUCAAUGUAUUCCUGCCACUGUAAAGUCCAGUUUUGCUAACCAGGGUGAAAUAUGCCUAUGUACCAGCAGAAUCUUUGUUCAGAAGAGCAUUUCUAAAGAAUUCUUGAAAAGGUUUGUGGAAACUGUUAAAAAAUGGAAAGUUGGAAAUCCUUCAGAUCCCAAAACUGAUAUGGGGGCAUUGAUAAGUAAAGAUCAUUUAGCAAAGGUGAAGAAAUAUAUCCAGCAGGCUCGGGCAGAAGGGGCCACGAUUCUUUGUGGAGAGGGAAUAGAUUCACUGGAUAUUCCUCCAAGAAACCAAAAUGGCUAUUUCUUGCUUCCCACAGUUAUCACAGACAUUGAUGAUGAUUCUUGUUGCAUCCAGGAUGAGAUAUUUGGUCCUGUAGCUUGUGUAAUGGUGUUUGACACAGAAGAGGAAGUGAUUAGGAGAGCCAAUGGAGUCAAAUAUGGCCUGGCAGCCACGGUCUGGUCAAACAAUGUAGGCCGGAUUCAUCGUGUUGCUAAAAGACUCCAGUCUGGAUUGGUGUGGACCAAUUGUUGGCUUAUCAGAGAUCUGAAUUUGCCCUUUGGGGGAAUGAAAGCCUCUGGGAUAGGUAGAGAGGGAGCUAAGGAUUCAUAUGAAUUUUUCACUGAGGUGAAAACAGUUACCAUAAAAUAUACUGAAACCAACUAAUAGGAAGUAAUUAGUGCCAUAGGUCUCUGUGUGUUGCCUUGUCUCUCUUGAUAUAUUGAGAAAAAUCAUGGUUUAUACUUGUAUGUCUGCUAAGAGUACUGUAGAAAGGAGCAUAUGAAAGUAAUUACCGUAUUUUUCAGAGUAUAAGACGUACCAAGAUUUUGAAGAGGUAAAUUAAAAAAACGUUUUUGCAC